AUGCAAUCAUGUUAUGCCAUAAAUAAGAUAUAGGAUAGUGUUGUUGGUGUGGAUGCCAUGCAUAGCAAAACAUGUGGCAAAACACCACUCAUUUGUAUUACUCAAUAGUCGUUCACUAUUUCGAUGUGUAAUAGUGUUAGCAGUAAUUGAUUUCAUGUCUUUCUGACUUCAUUUGACAUAUUUUUAUGAUUUUGCCGUUCAAUUGAUUUUGUUUUUUAUUACAAACUAAAUAUUUUUCACUCAAAUCCACAUUUUAUACACAAACUAUUGAUUUGAAUCGUUAUUAUUAUUAUUUAUUAAUUAAAAACAAUCGUUGAAAAAAUGACUGAAAUAUUGAGCGAAAAAGUGGACGAAUUGAGUGAACAAAUGGCUAAACAAUUGAAUGGUAAGGAGGAAGAGGUGGACAAUGAAGACGAUAAAGUGGAUCCAUGGAAUGUGACCUCCAAUUCAAAGGCUGGCGUCGAUUACGACAAACUCAUCGUCCGUUUUGGUUGCAGUAAAUUAAACGAUGAAAUCCUGACCAAAAUGGAGACAUUGAUUAACCAAAAGGUCCACCAUUUCCUCCGGAGAGGCAUAUUCUUCUCUCAUCGCGAUCUUCACCUCAUAUUAAAACGAUAUGAGGAGAAGAAGCCGUUCUUCCUCUACACAGGAAGAGGUCCGUCGUCUUCGGCCCUGCAUUUGGGACAUUUGAUACCAUUUAUGUUCACGCGUUGGAUUCAGGAGGCCUUCAAUGUGCCGCUUGUCAUACAAAUGACUGACGACGAGAAGUUCUUAUGGAAAGACCUGACCAUUGAAACCACCAAAAAGAUGACCAAAGAGAAUGUCAAAGACAUCAUUGCUAUGGGUUUUGAUGUGAACAAAACGUUUAUAUUUUCCGAUCUUUCAUACAUUGGAAAAUGUCCGGAAUUUUACGAGAAUAUAAUAAGAGUUCAAAGAAGUGUAACAUUCAAUCAAGUGAAGGGCAUAUUUGGUUUCGGCGACAGCGACUGUAUCGGCAAAAUCGCAUUCCCGGCCAUUCAGGCGGCGCCCUCUUUCAGCUCAUCGUUUCCUUUUAUAUUCGAUGGCAAGAAAGACAUCCCAUCACUGAUCCCGUGCGCCAUAGAUCAGGACCCGUACUUCCGGAUGACGCGAGAUGUGGCGCCACGACUAUCGCUCCCCAAACCGGCGUUAAUGCACUCGUCGUUUCUGCCGGCGCUGACCGGCGCUCAAACAAAGAUGAGUGCUUCCGAUCCCAACAACUCUAUCUUCUUGACAGACACUCCCAACCAAAUCAAGAACAAAAUCAAUAGAUAUGCCUUUUCUGGCGGCGGCGCCACUGUUGACGAGCACCGGGCGAAUGGCGGCGACUGUGAUAUCGAUAUCUCCUAUCAAUACAUGAAGUUCUUUAUGGAAGACGACAAUCGUUUGGAAGAACUGAGGACUGAAUACAGUAGUGGACGGCUUCUGACCGGAGAUCUCAAGAAAGAACUCAUUGGUAUUCUUCAGAAAGUUGUUGCCGAACAUCAAGAGAGACGGAAAACAGUUACCGACGAAAUAGUAGAACAGUUUAUGACUCCAAGAAAAUUAAAUUUUUAAUUUUGUUUUAAAUUAACGAAUUAUAUGUAAUGUAGAGAAACUAACUCAUAAUCGC